AUGACUGCCACACAUCUGAGACGAUUACCACUCAUUCUAUUAAUUUAUAUAUUUAUUUUUGUUCCGGAACUAUGGGCCUCGGCGUCCAUGGAUGAAUUGGAAAGGAGUCAUUUACGUGGUGAUUUCCAUACGCCAUGUUUUUUCUUUCAAACUGUGAAUGUGACGGGUGAUAAAAGAUUCCAAAAUGGCUCGUAUCUACACGAUGGUGUUGUGAUACCGCACAAUUUGAUUGGCGUCUACAAUUAUGUUUAUAAAGAUGCUGUAACCCAGACCCGAGUGCCACCACAUUUACGUGGUUGUAUUUGUAAACUAAAGCCAUGUGUGAAUUUCUGUUGUCCCUAUGGCCAGAUGCAUAAUGGCACGGAAUGCGUUGAUAGUUCCAGUGAACGAGAGUGGCCGCAUGAAAUAAAUGUCACUCUACGGAAUGGUUUACAACGGAACGCUAAUGUAUUUCGACAAUUUGCUGUUGUGCCAUUUCGUCCCUGCGAAUCGAUGUUUGCUCUGGAUCCACAAACAUAUCCUGAUGAUGCCUGGCAAAUAUUUGAGAACGGCACCCUUUUUGUGGAAACCGGUGAAUUAUAUAUGACCCGCCAGGAUUUUUGUAUGUUGACCACAUUGGAUGUCAACGACACCAGCCGCCGUUAUUUAAAUCCAGCAAUUUGUGAAGUUGGUUCCGGCCGUGGCACUGUGAAAAUUAUCAAUGCCUACGCCAUGUUGUUCUCCAUACCGUUUAUGGUUCUGACCAUAAUUGUGUAUUUGGCCAUACCGGAGUUACGUAACCAACACGGUAAAUCUCUGGUGUGCUAUUUAUUUGGUCUAAUUGUCGGCUAUUCCCUGAUGAGUGUUGGUGCUUUAAACGUCCACAUGAAUGUCAUGAGUAUUGAGUGCAAGGUUUUGGGUUACACCUGUUACUACUUUUUUAUGGCUGCCUUCUUCUGGUUGAAUGUUAUCAGUUUUGAUUUAUGGCACAAUUUCCGUGGCACCCGUGGCAUCAAUCGCUCACUGGAGAAGAAGCGUUUCAUCAUGUACUCGCUGUACUCUUGGGGCAUUCCGGUGCUAUGUCUCUUGGCCACAUGGUAUAUUCAGGAAUAUGUGGAUAUGCCCGAACAUUUAAAGGAUGAUCUGAAGCCGGGUAUUGGUGGUGGUCAUUAUUGUUGGAUAAACAUGACCACCUGGGCUGGUUUCAUUUACUUCUUUACGCCAAUUAUGUUUAUUAUUGUGGCCAAUAUAAUUAUGUUUGUAAUGACGGCCUUGAAAAUCCAUCGAGUACAAAAGGAAAUGGCCAGGAUAAUGGCCAAGGAGGAUAGCACAAGGAAUCUCAAAAAGGAGAAGGAUAAGUUUGGUUUAUUUUUACGCCUCUUCCUGGUAAUGGGUGUCACCUGGUCCCUGGAAAUCAUAUCGUACUUUGUUGGGCCUGAAAGUAAAUGGGCGAAAAUAUUCUAUGCCGCCGAUAUCUGCAAUGCUGUACAGGGUUUCCUCAUCUUUAUGCUGUUCGUUAUGAAACGAAAGGUUAAAAUGCUGAUAACCAAUCGUUGUCGGGAACGACCAUCCCGCGAUACAAACACUACCACACUGGCCCAGUCUAUGGUGCGACGACGUUUUCACGAAGUCUCUAUACAAAUUAAACACAUGAUCAUGAUACGACGUGCCCUAUCGAGUAAUACCUCGAAUGUUCAUUCGCAUGAAGUGUGA